AUUCCAUUUCCAAUUGACUAUUUGCAUCGCCAGUUACAAAUAACCAGAAAAUAAAACAGGAGCUCCCAACAUGGCUGACGAAUUCGAUGGCUGCGAAUGCAUUUGGUCCCAUGAGUUGGCCAUGCAAAGGCUCCUCAACUUUAUACGCCAAAAUCAGAAUGCCUGCACAGAUACCGAGUGCAUUGAUGUCAGCGGACGCGUAGCUCAGCCGGCGAUUGGCGGCGGCGACACCGGCGGAAGCUUCACCAUAGCCAUGGUAUUCAUGCUGCUGGCCAUGUUUAUGUAUGUGGUGAAUCCGAGCGUUUGGCGCCAGUUCUCCAACAAUAAGCCCAGUCGACGUGAUAACAAUCCGGAUGGUGCGCCACCGCCGCAGCCACCUCCGGCGAUCAAUUGAGCUGCCGCUGGACAUGAUUAGAGCUUGCAUUUUCCUUUGGUUAUAGCUACAUACACAAACGGUUAUAUAUAUAAAUAUUUAUAUAUGUACAUAUAUGUAUGUAUGUAUAGGCUAAACUUGCCACAAUAUAUAUAUAUAUAUAUUUAUAUUGGAAGACAAAAAUAAAUUAAUGCAAUGAAAGCAAAAGCAAAACGAAAAGCUGAUCAAUGUACGUGCGUGUGUGUGCGUGUGUGCGUUUCGGCCAUAAAUUAUUAGCUCAAUUGAUACCAACUCUUGUUUAAUCAAUAUCAUUUUUUGUACAAACUUAAUCACAUACUACAUGCACAUAUAUAUUUUUUAAUGUAUAUUGGCAUGAUUUUGUAUAUGCGCAAUUUAGCAUUAAAAUUGGCAAAUCAAAAACCAA